AUGUUCUCCUCCGCGCUGAAGUCGUUUACCUCCAACAUCUCCUCUAAUUAUACGCUCUUGCCCUCUCCCUCUUCGACGUCGGGACCAUGGAAGAUCUUCGACGCGACCAAGAAAUCUACCGGAAAGCCCGCAUCAGUUUUUGUCUUCGAUAGAAAGAGCUUGGACCCGCAUGGUGGAGGGAGUUUCGGUGGGAAGAUGAAUGCCGCAUCGUUGAAAAGGGCACACGAUGAGGUUCUGGAGAGGUUGAAAAAGGAGGCGAGCUCCCUUGCGAGGCUGCGGCAUCCAAGUAUCCUAGAGCUAGUUGAGCCUGUGGAAGAGACCCGCAAUGGAGGGCUCAUGUUCGCAACGGAACCGGUCACGGCAUCUUUAGCGGUGAUGCUGCAGGAGAAGGAUGAUCAGGAGAAGGCCGGAGGAGUUGGUGGACGGGGUAGUCGAUAUGUCGUCGAGGAGGCGGAUGGGACAAAGAAGAGGAGGGAGCUCGAGAUCGAUGAGCUGGAGAUACAGAAGGGACUGCUGCAGGUCGGCAAGGGUCUUGAGUUCCUGCACGAAAGCGCGGGACUGGUGCACGGAAAUCUGACGCCUGACGCGAUCUUUGUAAAUGCUAAAUCUGACUGGAAGAUAUCGGGCCUUGGUUUCUGCAGUCCCCCAGAAAACUCCUCGAAGCCCACUUCUGUCAGCCCGAUUGCCCUGUCGGAGGUUCUCAAUUAUGAUCCCCGACUGCCACGCACUGUUCAGCUCAAUCUCGACUAUACCUCCCCCGACUUCGUCCUCGACAACAAUGUCACAUCUGCGGCUGACAUGUUCUCUCUGGGCUUGCUCAUCAUCGCUUUAUAUAAUUCUCCUCACCGCAGCCCGUUGGAGACUAAUGGGAACCUCUCGACCUAUAAGCGAGUCUUCUCUGUUCCAUCUGCCAUACCCAAUCAGUCCAACAACUUCCAAUCAUCUACACCACUGCCGAAGGAUGUAUUAUCAGGGUUGCUGCCAAGGAUGAUCACUAGGCGGCCGGCCCAAAGACUCAGCGCUCGCGAGUUCCAACAGGCGCAAUACUUCGACAACAUCCUUGUCUCGACUAUUCGCUUCCUGGACUCCCUACCUGCUAAGACACCGAAUGAGAAGUCGCAGUUUAUGCGAGGAUUGCCUCGUAUAUUAAAACAGUUUCCGAGAUCAGUGUUGGAGAAGAAAGUGCUUCCAGCAUUGCUCGAAGAGAUGAAAGAUCGAGAGCUGCUGUCGCUGAUACUGCAGAAUGUCUUUCAGAUUAUCACAGCACUGCCGUUUGGGAAAAGAGCAUUUACCGAAAAAGUCAUUCCGCGCCUGCGAGAGGUCUUCCUAGCUCCCACGAACGCCAAGAUACCUCAUGCCGAAAGAGAUAGUUCUAGGGAAGCAGGAUUGAUGAUCUUACUCGAGAACAUGAAGAUUAUUGCGGAUAACACUGGCGGGAAAGAGUUCAAAGACGACAUACUCCCAAUCGUGCACUUAGCGCUGGAAUCACCGACACAUUCGCUAGUCGAUGCUGCCUUGAGAUAUCUCCCAGUAAUCUUGCCCGUGCUCGACUUUUCGACAAUCAAGAAUGAGCUCUUUCCUGUCGUGGCGAACGUCUUUGCCAAAACGAGCAGUAUGGGAAUCAAGAUCCGCGGUCUUCAAGCCUUGCAGACACUUUGCGGCGGUUCUCCAAGCGGAGACGCUACAACCGAGGAUGACUUUGAUGGGAUCAGUGUCACCAAAAGAGCCAAGUUGAAGCCGAGCACCAGCCAAAUUCUUGACAAGUACACCAUUCAAGAGAAGGUGGUGCCGUUGUUGAAAGGCAUCAAGACGAAGGAGCCAGCAGUCAUGAUGGCUGUCCUUGACGUCUUUAAGGAAGUUGGCAAGAUCGCGGAUUCGGACUUCCUCGCCAUGGAUGUAUUGCCCAUUCUUUGGAGCUUCAGCCUGGGUCCGCUGCUGAAUCUCGCCCAAUUCCAGGCCUUCAUGACCUUGAUCAAAACUCUCUCGACGCGUAUAGAGCAGGAACAGACUCGUAAGUUGCAAGAGCUUUCGGCAAGCAAUGCAGCCGCUACCACCACCUCGAAUGACUUCAUGAGCUUCGGCGGCGUCGGUCGUCCCAACGGCAUCAACAGCUCAAACGGGGACGAAGGCGACUUCGAGAACCUCGUCCUCGGCCGCAACCGGCCAGCAACCUCAACAAACGCCCUUGAAGACUGGGCCAGCAGCUCGACCACCUUACCCACAACGACCACACGCCCAGCACAGCCCCGCUCCAAAUCCGAGCACAACCCCGCCCCCGCGCCCUCCUUCUCCUGGUCCACCCCAUCCCCCCAUCCAGGCACACUCGUCCCGACCACCGCCCCAGCCUCCCGCGCCAUAACCCCCGACACAACCCUCAGCGCAUUCGCACCGCUCACGCCUUCGGCACCCUCCGCCAACCCUUACGCACCACCGACCACAUCAAUAUCAGCCUCAACCUUUUCUCAGCCCCUCCAGCCAUCCCGUCCAAACCCCCCAGGCAUGCGCGUCCUCGCCCCGACCCAGCCGUCCGCCACUCCAUCCUUCCCCCCUGCACAAGGCUCUUCCAUCGACUGGUCCGCCGCCACCGCUGCGUCCCAACCCGCCUUCUCGUCCGCAGGCAUCUGGUCGUCUCAACAGCAGCCCGCGCUAGCGAUUCCCAGCCAGGCGCGACCACAAGGACCGCCGGCGACGUCGCCGUAUCAGGGCUUCGGGAUUGCGCCGCCGCCGCUGUUGCCGCCGCCGCCGGGGGGGCAGGGUCGGCAGAGUCAGAUGAGUGGACGAGGUUUAGGGAGGGGGAUGGGAGCGUCUGGGGUAGGAGGUGGAGCAGGCGGUGGAGGUACUGGAGCCGCGGCCGGAGGUAUGGCUGGAGGGAAACAGGGGCUGGAUAAGUAUGAGAGUUUGUUGUAG